AGGAGUCUGCUGUGGACUCAACUAAAAUCCUCAGCAGCUCCCAACUGCUAAUAUUUGCUGUGGAUAAUCUACAUUUACAUGCAUCAGUAUUUUCAAUGAUAUUGUAUUCGAAUAGGAGCACUAUUAGUAUCCUAAAAUAUAGAAUAUCGAUGCACAAAUAGGCAAGCUGAUUCUUCUGGCACUUCUACAGUCUUUCCGGAGCGAAUACCCUACAUAGCCUAUACCAAUUGAAGCUGAUGUUCUCAAGGACAAGAGUCACGUGAUGUAUGAGGGCAAACACAUCCACUUCUCGGAGGUGGACAAUAAGCCAUUGUGCUCAUACAGCCCAAAGCUCUGCAAGCAGCGCAGACUCAAUGGCUAUGCCUUCUGUAUCCGUCAUGUCCUGGAGGAUAAGACUGCCCCCUUCAAGCAAUGUGAAUAUGUGGCCAAGUACAACAGCCAACAGUGCACCAACCCCAUCCCCAAGUCUGAGGACCGCAGAUACUGUAACAGCCACCUCCAAGUUCUUGGGUUUAUCCCCAAGAAGGAGCGGAAGAAGAAGCACGAUGCAUUGGAGGAGAUGCGCUCACGACCUCACCUGGAGUCAGUGGCUCUUAACAUAACUGUGCCCUCGCUGGCCCUGAAGGCCUCCAAUGGCCUGGACGAGCUGCCACCCUCUCCACCCUGUACCCGUCUCCUACCCCUUCCAGACGAGGAGAUCCUGGACCCUUUUGCCUUUUAUGAGGACGACACAAACGGGGAAGAGGGCCCUGCUCGGAAGGGCUCCACCGUCAGGAAGAAACUACACAGUCGGCUGGUGCUCAGCCAGAAACUCCAGCUCCACCAUCACGACACUGACUUCCUCCAACCACCUCCAGAGCACUUUAGCCCCUCUCCUCUUCCCCGUGUGCACCCCUCCUCACCCCUCCACCCGCACCUCCCCUGUAAACAGCAGACAGGACUACUCCAGCCCCCCCAGCACUCUACCAUGCCCUCGUUUGUCCUCCCAGGACAGCAGCAGGGUUUAUUAUGCAAGCCAGCUCCAACUCAGACUCUCGCCUUUCUGCCUGUCGGGCUGCCCCCCAACACGGCUCCCAGUCAGGUACAGUCCUCCGGUCCCCCCCUCAGCAGGAAAGCUCUGUUCACUGCCACGCCCUUGCCAUCCAGUAGCUGGGACAGCGCUCAGCGGCUUGUGGUGGCCAUGCGCCCAGCUGCCUUCUCACCUCCCCCUGCCUGCCUGGCCAGGUUACAGCAUCUCGUGCAGCUCUGUUCCCAAAGACAUCAGGAGCACGGAGACCUUUUCCCUCAUCUAGGGUUGGACUGGUCUGAAGACAGUGCAGAGGAUGACGACGUGGAGGCAGAGAGAGUUCCACCAUAUCACAACGCCUGGAGACUACAGGAAGGACACACACAGGACGUCUCUGAUGAAGAUGCUGGUAGCUCUCGGAGAACACGUCUGGCUCGGCUGUGCUCGUACCUCCAGGAUAAAUACAAGCACUUGUGCAGGCAGGAGAGGGCAACCAUGCGCCAGAAGAGAUACCGCUAUGCCUUCCGCAAAGCCCUGCUGCACGCCGCCAGUAAAGACCCAGACUGUGCUGGCCAGUUGAUCCAGGAGCUGCGCAAGGUCUCCCAAAACUCCUCAAGUGCGCUGGGGCAGCAGGAGACAGAGACGAGAAUCUGUUCUGGAAGCACCAAGGGCCGGGCCUGCAGUAGCCAAGCUCUACCCUUCACCCGACACUGCUUCCAGCACGUUCUGUUGAAUCGCUCCCAGCAGCUCUUCUCCAGUUGCACAGCCAAAUUUGCAGAUGGACAACAAUGCGCCAUCCCUGUGUUUGACAUCACACAUCAGACCCCACUCUGUGAGGAGCAUGCCAAAAAGAUGGACAAUUUCCUGCGUGGGGACGGUAACCGAAGAGUGCAGCACCAGCAGCAGCGGAAGCCGCGUAAGAAGACCAAACCGCCGGCGCUCACCAAGAAACACAAAAAGAAGAGGAGGAGAGGGCCAUGGCGGCCCCAGAAGCCCAUCCCGCCGGCUCUGCCCCAGGGGAACUUGGGAAUGCCAUCCUCCUCCAGCCUGACCAUGCCCACCCAGGCCAGUAUCAGGAGUCCUUCGACACCCGAACUGAGCACCGAUGAGCUUCCUGAUGACAUCACCAAUGACAUGGCAGACAUUCCAAAUGACCUCGAGCUUAACCAGGAAGACUUCUCGGACGUGUUACCCAGGCUCCCCGACGACCUGCAGGACUUUGACUUGUUUGAAGGUAAGAAUGGGGAGCUGCUACCCACCACGGAGGAGGCUGAGGAGCUGGUGCGAGCACUGCAGGCUGGGCUGAUGGGCUCCUACCCAGACUCCCUGGUGUGCCUGACCUCCAUGGCGGAGCUGGCGCAGGCAGACGGAGUGGACCAUCGGGUCAUGGCAGCAGUGUUUCCUGGGCCAGGGGUCCAGCCAGGUGGGAUUGGGGACCUGCUCAACGGCCGCAUCCCUCCAGAGAACUUCUCCAGCCUGGAGCUGGAGGACAACCUGCUUCACUCUGCUGGGGGCCACUUCUCCCCCGCGGCGUCACCUCAGCAGCCCCCUGCCCAGGGCCAGGCCCCCCCCUCGGGGCCUAGCCUCACCACCUCCACCGUCGCACAGAGCCCCCUGUCAGAGCGAACGUUCCCCCGGACACACCCGCCCCACAUCCUGGCGAAGCCCGAGGCGCACACCUCGUCUCCACAGGGCAGCCAUUACAGCAGCGAGCAUGUGCCAUCCCCCUACAGUGACCACAUGUCCUCCCCCCAUGCCACCUCCUUCCAGACAGAGACUCCUCUCCUUCUGGAGGUCCCUCUGAGUGGGGUACCAGGCCCCCCGCAGUCCUCCUGGAACAACCUCCACCUGCCCCUCACUGACCCCACACAGUUUGGCAACCUCAUAUCAACCUCUCUUUCCACUCCCCCCUCCUCCACCUCCCACUCUGUGACCCUGCAGCCCAUGGCUGCCCUCUCAGCGAUCCCCCAGAGCGGCCUGACGGGCUUGACUGCUCCCCCCGACCCCUCACUACGCGACCUCCUGACCUCCACUCAGUCCAAGCAGCAGCUCCCUCAGUUCAGCGCUGCCUUCGGCCACCAGCUGGUCUCCCACAGUGGCAUCCCCAAGGAUGUGCAGCCCAGUCACAGUUCCACAGCUCCCCCCACUGGCUUCUCCAUAGCUAAUGCCACCGCUGCUUGUGCCAACAGUGCAACACCUCCCUUUCCACACAGUAACUGAGAGCAAGCAGGUCAAACCAUGGACUCUAGACACUCAUUCACCCACAGUCGAUACAUUUUCCAUCUACUUCAAAUCUGCAAUUUGGUAACGGUGCACUAUUCUAUCUGAAUUUGCACAACCUCAGAUAUUCCUUAAUUGUAAAACUUUGGUGAUGUUAUAGCCAUUUGGCCAUCUGAAAGGGUAUGCAAGAGUCCGGUGGUUUGACGUGAAUGCCGCUCCAGGGUUUCACCAGCAGGGGGAGAUGUUAGGCAGAGUUUGUGGGGAGGGAGGUAGCUCAAUAGAAACAUGGACUGUGUGGAGGAACAUUGGAGGAAGUACCUUAGGAGCGAUUAUUCCUAUCAUAGUGACCGCAACAGUGCUAGAGAAUUCUGUGACAAAGCCUCAAUCAGUGGUCUGUUUUUUUGUAUUGCCAGUUUAGUCCUGUCUAACAGCCAUCAACUAUAACCUGCCUUGCUAUGAUCAUUACAUCGGUUCAUUGUUCCUCAUUCCGUUCACCUUUUGAAAGAGAUUCUAGGGUAGAUCCUUGUAGCUAUCUAUGUGUGUGACCCAUUAUGAAGCAACAGAGGAAAUUGCUCUGUCAAAUCCUAUCAUGAAGUAGACUCCUGUCCUCCACCACUUAACAGACACAGAAUUUGGCUAAACCACUUUUAAACAGCUUUUUUUAUAUUGUAUAUAUUUGGUAUUUUAUUGGUUUACUCAGAAAUGUAAAAGGUCUUUUGACCUCACCGUUGGUUGUGGGACUCCUUACGGGUGGCCUAUUAGACACUUGAAGGUAAAUCUUAUUACGUUUAAGCAAUAAACACAUUGACAUACUCAGUCA